UUUCAAAGAUGGUUUCAUCCAAAUAUUACUGGGGUGGAGGCAGAAAACCUACUGUUAACAAGAGGAGUUGAUGGCAGUUUUUUGGCACGGCCCAGCAAAAGUAACCCAGGAGACUUUACGCUCUCCGUUAGACGAACUGGAGCUGUCACCCACAUCAAGAUCCAGAACACAGGAGACUACUAUGACCUCUAUGGAGGAGAGAAAUUUGCUACGUUGGCUGAGUUAGUCCAGUAUUAUAUGGAACAUCAUGGACAGCUCAAGGAAAAGAAUGGAGAUGUUAUAGAGUUGAAAUAUCCGCUGAACUGUGCUGAUCCUACAUCUGAAAGGUGGUUUCACGGGCAUCUCUCUGGAAGAGAAGCUGAAAAACUAUUAACAGAAAAAGGAAAACAUGGAAGCUUUCUUGUGCGUGAGAGUCAAAGCCACCCUGGGGACUUUGUUCUUUCUGUCCGGACAGGAGAUGAUAAAGGAGAAAGUAAUGAUGGGAAAUCUAAAGUGACACAUGUCAUGAUUCACUGCCAGGAUCUAAAAUACGAUGUUGGUGGAGGGGAGAAAUUUGACUCUCUGACAGAUCUAGUGGAACAUUACAAGAAGAACCCUAUGGUAGAAACUUUGGGCACAGUAUUGCAACUCAAGCAGCCUCUGAAUACUACCCGUAUUAAUGCUGCAGAGAUUGAAAGCAGAGUGCGAGAGCUAAGCAAGCUAGCAGAGACUACAGAUAAAGUCAAGCAGGGCUUCUGGGAAGAAUUUGAGACUUUACAGCAGCAAGAAUGCAAACUUCUCUAUAGUCGUAAAGAAGGUCAGCGUCAAGAAAACAAAAACAAAAAUAGAUACAAAAACAUUUUACCCUUUGAUCAUACCAGAGUUGUUCUACAUGAUGGUGAUCCAAAUGAACCUGUUUCAGACUAUAUCAAUGCUAAUAUUAUUAUGCCUGAGUUUGAAACCAAGUGCAACAACUCAAAGCCAAAAAAAAGCUACAUUGCUACUCAAGGCUGCCUACAGAAUACAGUGAAUGAUUUUUGGAGGAUGGUGUUCCAGGAGAAUUCUCGAGUUAUCGUUAUGACAACAAAAGAAGUUGAAAGAGGAAAGAGUAAGUGUGUCAAGUACUGGCCUGAUGAAUAUUCCUUAAAGGAGUACGGUGUUAUGCGUGUUAGGAAUGUUAAGGAAAGUGCAGCACACGAUUACACACUAAGAGAACUUAAGCUUUCUAAAGUUGGGCAAGGGAACACAGAGAGAACAGUCUGGCAAUAUCACUUCAGAACUUGGCCUGAUCAUGGAGUCCCAAGUGACCCCGGUGGUGUACUAGACUUUCUAGAGGAGGUGCACCAUAAGCAGGAGAGCAUUUCUGAUGCGGGACCAGUUGUGGUCCACUGCAGUGCUGGGAUUGGGCGAACAGGAACUUUCAUUGUGAUUGAUAUUCUUAUUGACAUAAUCAGAGAAAAAGGUGUGGACUGUGAUAUUGAUGUUCCAAAGACCAUUCAGAUGGUGAGAUCACAACGGUCAGGAAUGGUUCAGACAGAAGCACAGUACAGAUUUAUUUACAUGGCAGUACAGCACUACAUUGAAACGUUACAGCGCAGAAUUGAAGAGGAGCAGAAGAGUAAGAGAAAAGGUCACGAAUACACAAACAUUAAAUAUUCUUUAUCGGACCAGACAAGUGGGGAUCAGAGCCCUCUUCCACCCUGUACCCCAACCCCAACGUGUCCAGAAAUGAGAGAAGAUAGUGCUAGAGUAUAUGAAAAUGUGGGGCUGAUGCAACAGCAGAAAAGUUUCAGAUGAGAAGAUGUACAGAGACUUCCGUGCAAGGGCAGAAAUGAAUAUGGUUUUUAAAAAGGUCAAGAAAGAGAUGGAAGAAGCUUCACAUGAAUGGUGAACUCUGAGGGCUUGGUACCUUUUUAUUCACGGUUUUAAUCCUUCAACAGUAGGCAAAACUUAAGACCAUCUAAAGAUUGUUUAUAUCUCUUCUCUCCAAUACCUGAUUUACAAUUGCUCAUUUUCCAAAUAAAAGGAAAUCCUUUCUACAAUGUAGACAACUACUUUGUAGAGUCAGUUUUGAAUCCCGCAAACUGUUGGACUGUCAUCCAUUUGUUUUUUAAAUAGUAUUUUUGUUUCACAGUAUGGCUAUUAGUUGGGUUUUUUUCCUUAUUUGAGCAGUUGUGGGAUUUUUUUUUGGGGGGGGUGGGGUGGUGGGAGAGUAAUGAUAUGGAUAAAUCCGUUACACUAAUGUAAAAUACUGAUGGGAACAAUACUUGAUUGUUUGAAAACAGUGGAUCACCAGCGUGAAUAGAAUCAGCUACAUGAUAAAAUUAGUCCUAAUACAUUUCAAACUCAGACUGAGUUUCACAGGGGUGAGCAGUUAUUGAUAUGAAGGUGCUUUUUGUGAUAACUGAUGGCUUUGAUUGCGACUUAGCUGAGUGGCUGGGUGGGCUAUUUUUGAGAAAUUAUGCAAGGUAGCCUUUACAUCAAACAAAAUUUCUUUUACAUGAUCUCUACCCAAAACAGAAAUUUACUGUAUCUCUCAAAAGACACAGUGGCCUAGCAGUUUGUGAGGACACUGUCUACGUUAAUUUGUCUGUGCUCAUCUAUUAAGCAAGAGGUUAAACUUGCAGAGUUCAGGUAUUUUGAAAAGUUGCAUGAUGACACCUUGACAGCAUAUUAAAAACAGUGAAAGAAGUAACCCACUGUGCAGGCUGUUACCUUAGUUUAAGGUAACCCUCUUCCCCUUCUGCUGGGGAGGUGGAAGCUGUUGAGCCUUCUGGGGUUUUUUUAAGGCCUUAUGCUAGUGUAAGUGGCUAAAUUAAAGUUGUGUGGGGAAGGCAGUGCAUGGAAGCUAGCUAUCCACUAAAAUUGCCUUAGUUGAAAAGGGCAGCACGGGCAGCAAGGCCAGCAGACUUGUUCUGGUUGGUUUGAUCAGGCAGGAGUUUAUUACCGUUCUACCUGAAGUGCCUUUCAGAGCUGCAUUGAAUUUGCUGUCCCUAUUAGAUUAAAAAAUCACGUUCAUCUGAAACCACUUCUGAUUGUUGUCAAUGAGACAAAGUCCUCUUCUAGAGACUCUAGAACGAAGAACUGCUGUUAAGCUGCCAGUUAAUUGGGUUUCUUCGCUUCGUUUGCUCUGUCCAAUUAUCUGGACCAGAAGCUCCCCUUGAAGCCAUUAGCAGCUGCAUGUGUGCAUUAAGGGCAGAAUCGGUCCCUAGGAGUGGGUACCAGUGGUGUCUUACCAACAUAUUUCCCCAUGUUUCUGGGGAAGUUCUGUGACUUAAGUGGUGUUAAGGAAUUACUGCCGUUUUCAUACAGCGGGUGCAGAUGGUGAACGCUGCGUUAAAUUGCUGUAUGCAAGGGUGCAGGGCCAAUGGAAUUGGGUAGUGAAAUUAUGCUAAAGCCUGGAAUGUAAUUAAUGCAGCUUUGUGAAAGGUUAAGUGGGAGAUUACAUUACCUUUUCCUGAGAGUCCUUUGCAAAAUCAAAUAUUUGAACAUUUUGUUUGAACUGAAUGAAGGUGCUUCUUUAAUGUUAAGCAGAAUUUUGUUACUUUGCCUAUUGUCCUUUUUGUCUUUUGAGGCUUUGGGGGCUUUUGGGGGUUUGUUUUUUUUUUUUGGAACUCUGGAACUCCUGUCACCAGCAUACCAUAAUAUCUGUUUUAACUUU